AUGAUCGCCGUCUGUUUGUUCUCCGUCAUCGAACUCAAAAGUUUCCGUAGCGUCUGCCGUUCUUGGCGCUCCUCCGCUUCCGACAAUCCUUUCCGGAGCCGACCUCUCAUCGAGCUCAAACUCCUCGACCCAACUGAAAAUGCCUCCCAACAAGGAAACGCGUUCCUCUCACGUGCCGCCUUCUUCCGCGUCACUCCCUCCUCCUCGCCGAACCAAGGGUGGCUGAUCAAAUCCGACACCGAUCUCAACUCGGGGAAAUUUCGUCUUCUCGACCAUUUCUCGCGCAUCCCUUUGAAACACAGGUGCAAGAGCAUCAAUCUCUUGCGUUUCAAUGUCUCCGAGAUUCAAGAAGCCUACGUGGUUCAUGACAGGCGCAUGGACGAACCAGAUCUCGGAUUCAAAAGAGUGGUUCUUGCCACCGUCCAAGGAGGAGAUCAUGCUUUGGGAGUCGGCUGGGACGGGAGGAUCAGGUUUUGGAGUGGUCGAAUCUGGACCAUACUCAAAGACCAGCUUGCUGAGUUCACCGACGUUGUAAUCCACGGAGGGCUAACUUACGCCUUGGCUUCGGAUGGGUCAGUUUGGUGGAUAAGCUCCUCUCUUUCCAUCUUCAAGUACGGACCACCAUUAGAUGAAAGCAUCACUGGUAGCGAUUGCAGAAACUUAAGCUUCGUGCAACAUGGUGGAGAGCUUUACAUUGUUGAUCGUAUCCUUAAAGAGGGUGAUACCUUGGAUCCUAAUGUUUUUUAUGUUUGCGCUGUCGACGAUGAUGGGAACCAGAUAGGCGAAACAUCUCCCAAAACGAUCGGUUUCAAGGUUUACAAGAUGGAUGAGGAUAUGGGGAAAUGGGUUGAAGUUAAGUCAUUGGGAGACGACGCCUUUGUGAUGGCUACCGAUACUUGUUUCUCGGUUUCGGCCGGUGAGUUCCAUGGAUGUUUAAAAAAUGCAAUCUACUUCGCUGACAAGGAAUGUAAAAUCAGGGUGUUCAAGCUUGAAGAUGCUAGUAUCACAAGAGCCACCAGUACCGAGCAGAACUGUUUCAAAAUGUUUGCUCCAAGCUUUUUCUGA